AUGAUCGAGAGGCGGAAGACGAGGGAAAGGGAGGAAGUCGAGAUCGCCGCUGUUUAUCUACAUCGCCAGUACCUUAUUGUAAUCACAGACCAGACAGUAACAGCACGUGACACUGAUGAAUUAUUUGAGAAGUCUUCAUCCACAAAACAUUGGCUUCUGCGAAGAACUGGCAUUGCGAAUGCUCGCCGAAAACAGCAGUUCAUCUACUGGAAAGAACAUGUUACUAGGCUUAACGAGAUGCGAGCUAAAUCGUCUGAGCAGAAAGUUGGAGAGGUCAACCCCAUAACAGAAGACACUGCCGAAACCCCUUCGCAAAUCAAUUUGAAGCCUGUGAUCCCUGAACAAACAAAGUUACCUGUAAUAUCAAUCUCAACGACGACAGCUACAGCGUUGAAGCCAGGUGACUUCAGUCCUAGGGGCAAGAAGAUGGAGUGGCCAGAUCCGCCAAGGGUAGACCUGAUACGCGGAUACUUCAUCUGUCAUUGCAAGACUUUAUGUCCUGAGAAGUACCUCCAAAAGAGUGCGUGGAUUCGUAUCAUUGCAGAUAUGAGGAGAAUUGUCUGGACCCAAAUUGAGUCUAUGGGAGUCGACAAGAAUGGAUCGACCAUGAGAGCCAGCACACACGCGCAUGGCACUGCCACGAACAUCUUGAAGAGUUUGAAACUCAGCCGGAAUAUAUUCAACAUGUAG